GCCCGGACUCCACUCUUCUCUGGUCUUUUUCUCGUUCCAAUUGGAGGAUUGUUGUCUUCUUCUUCUUCUCAAUCGCUAGUUCUUCUUCUUCUUCUUCUUCUCUUCUCUACUAUCAUCAUGGCUUCCGUCGUCAUCGGCUCGCAAUGGGGCGACGAAGGAAAGGGCAAGCUCGUCGACAUCCUCUGCGACAAGAUUGAUGUCUGUGCUCGUUGCCAGGGCGGCAACAACGCAGGCCACACCAUCGUCGUCAAUGGCAUCAAGUAUGACUUCCACAUGCUCCCCUCCGGCCUCGUCAACCCCGAGUGCGUCAACCUCAUCGGCUCCGGCGUCGUCGUCCACGUCCCCUCGUUCUUCUCCGAACUCGAGGCAAUCGUCUCCAAGGGCCUCAACGCCGACAACCGCAUCUUCGUCUCCUCCCGCUGCCACCUCGUCUUCGACGUCCACCAGAUCGCAGACGGUCUGCAUGAGGCCGAGCUCUCCGGCGGCGCGCUCGGUACCACCCGCCGCGGCAUCGGCCCAGCCUACUCCACCAAGGCCACGCGAUCCGGCAUCCGUGUCCACCACCUCGUCUCCGAGGAGGACGGUGCGUGGGAGGAGUUUGAGUCUCUCUUCCGCUCGCUCGUGAGCUCGUUCAAGAAGCGCUACGGCGAGUUCGACUACGACGUCGAGGCCGAGCUCGUGCGCUACAAGCAGCUCGCGGUCAAACUGCGGCCCUACGUCACCGACGCGGUCUCGUUCAUGCACGAGGCGCUCGACGCAAAGAAGCGGAUUCUUGUCGAAGGCGCGAACGCGCUGAUGCUCGACCUCGACUUUGGCACCUACCCCUACGUGACCUCGAGCAACACGUCGAUCGGCGGCGUCUGCACCGGUCUCGGCUUGCCGCCGCAGGCAAUCAAGGAGGUUAUUGGUGUUGUCAAAGCCUACACCACGCGAGUCGGCGCGGGCCCGUUCCCGACCGAGCAGCUGAACGAGGUCGGCGAGACGCUGCAGGACGUGGGUGCCGAGUACGGCGUGACGACAGGGCGCAAGCGGCGCUGCGGCUGGCUCGACCUGGUGGUGCUCAAGUACUCUGCGCGGAUCAACGGGUUCACGAGCAUCAACAUCACGAAACUGGACGUGCUCGACGGGUUCGAGGAGAUCAAGGUGGCGGUCGCGUACCACUACAAGGGCCAGCGACUGACCUCGUUCCCGGAGGACCUGCGCGUGGUCGAGAAGGUGGAGGUCGAGUACGUCACACUGCAGGGCUGGAAGACAAGCAUAGCCGAGUGCCGGACUUACGAGGAGCUGCCGGCGGCGACGAAGGAGUAUCUCAAGUUCAUUGAGGAGUUUUUGGGCGUCAAGGUUGGAUAUAUUGGUGUUGGACCUGCGCGGGCGGCCAUGAUUGAGGUGUAGAUGUUGCUGUUGCUGUUGCUGUUUUAUAUAUAUAUUAAAUACAUACACUGCUAGAGUUGCUACUAUAAAUGU